AUGACCGGCAAGCGGGCAGUGGGUGACGGAGGCGGCACAACUACAAAGUGCCCGCUGUCGGCGGCAGACGCAGGGCCAUCGCCAAUGGAGGAGCUGCGCCCGAGGACAAGCGCGGCGCGCGCAGCAGGCGCUCAAGACCAUGCGCGAAUGGAUCCAGAAACAACGCGCCGCAUCGCCAACUGCCGACUCGCGCAGGAGGCCCUGGAGCGAUACCUGCUGCUGCGCCAGACCUACGGCCAGGCCUUCCGCAACCUCGACAUCACGCUGCCCACCAUGGACUACCUCGCCACCAACGGAUACCUAUUCGCCUGUCCUGAGAGAGAUCGUCUUGGUCGCAGAGUGGUUGUUGCCCGACCGGGAGUAUUUGACCCAUACAAGUUCACAAAUGAAGAUAUGUGCCGUUAUCAUGGAAUUGCUUAUGAAACUCUGAUGGAAGAUGAGGAAAAUCAAAUUCGAGGGUACAACCAUUUCAAUGAUGGGCAAGGAGUGGGUUUCCAUUAUCUUACCCUUUUCACACCUAAAGAAGCUGUCAGGAUAGUGAAAAAUGGCGAGCGCACACUUCCCAUGAGACACAAGGAGGUUCAUGUCAUUAAUGUCCCUCCCGGCUUGAAAUUUGCUCUGGACUUUGGAAUGUCUCUGAUUUCUGACAAGAUCAAGCAGCGAGUCAAGAUUUACACUUCCCUGGAGAAGGCCAAAGAAGCCCUGGGAGAGGACUGCAAAGUGCUGCCCAAGGAGUAUGGAGGAACCAUGCCUAUGGAAGAGAUGAUAGCUCUGUGGAAGAAGGAGCUGAUGGCGUCACGCGCUCUUCUGCUGUCCCACGACGAGAUGGGCGUGAGGGAGGAGCUGUUCAGCCCGCAGGCCAGGGAGGGCGCCGUGUCCGCCCUCAGAGCAAACACCACCUCCUGCGCCCUGGGCAUGGGCAACUCCGACAUGCUGGGCAUUUCCGGCAGCUUCCGGAAGUUAGAAGUCGAUUAA